AUGUCUACAUCAACAACGUCUGGGGAAAAGGCCAUAGCAAAGCCCUUGGCUUCCUAUUCAGCUGCACGCGUUGUCUCCUUGAGCCCUACUACGCAUCUCUUCUAUAUCUCAGGAACAACAGCACGUCAGCCCGAUGGACAAGUCCCACCAUUUGGCCACAGUUACAGCGAAUCUCUUGCGAAUACUCCCACGGCAACAGCCGAUCAUGGAUUGUGCUCAGCAGCAGCUAUUCAAACGCGCAUAAUUCUCUCCAAGAUCACCACAGUCAUCAACGAUGCUUCGCCUGAGCUUCUUGGUCUGGAAGCUUUAGUAGAGCUUACGAUAUUUGCCAAAAGUCUAAGACGAGACUAUGCAGCGAUCAACAAAGUCUAUGACGAACAAGUCGGCGUCCUACUAAGGAGCAAGGGUAUACCUUUGCCAGCCAGGACAUGCGUGGAGGUUAAUGGAAUGCCCCCUGAUGAAAGAACUUUGGUUGAGAUAAAAGCAGUAGCUAAGCUUGCGAAGGUACACAAGUAUUAG